ACGAGCCGACGGCACCCGACGGGCUGAGGGGCCGACAUGCACAAGUGUCAAAACAACAGCUGUUUGAUAGUGGCGAUAAUUCAGUCCUCGGCCCAAGGCGAAGGCAGAGCCAGUCUCCGUCGCGAGCCGGGACAGUGAGGUGCGCGAGGAAGAGCGGGAAGCGCGCGGCAGGGACACAGCGUGACCAUGGCAGAGAUGAUUUUCGGCGGCAUAGAAGGCGGCGCCACCCACUCCACGGUGGCCCUGUUCGACUCGAAGGGCACCCGGCUGGUGGAGCUGAGCGGGCCCAACACGAACCACUGGGCCAUCGGGAUGGAGGAGUGCCAGCGGCGCAUCGCGGCCAUGGUGAACGACGCCAAGGCCCAGGUGGGGGUGCCGGCGAGCCAGCCCCUGGCCGCGCUGGGGCUCAGCCUGAGCGGCUGCGAGCAGGAGGAGUCGAACCGCCUGCUGCAGGAGGGGCUGGAGCAGCGCUACCCGACGCUCAGCAGCAGCUACGUGGUGUGCAGCGACACGCUGGGCGCCAUCGCGUCGGCCAGCGAGGGAGGCGGCAUUGUCAUCAUUUCGGGCACCGGGUCCAACGCGCUGCUGCUGAACCCCGACGGCACGGAGGCGCGCUGCGGCGGCUGGGGCCACAUGGUCGGCGACGAGGGCAGCGCCUUCUGGAUUUCACACAAGGCUGUGUGCGGCAUCUACCACGAGCAGGACAACUUCACCAAGUUCCCCUAUCCCUCAGACACGCUGUUCUCUCUAGUCAAGGCGCACUUCGGCGUGGAAGACAGGUUCGCGCUGCUCGGCCACGUGUACGACAAGUUCUCCAAGUCGCACUUCGCGGGGCUGUGCAAGCGGAUAGCGGACGCCGCGCGGGCGGGCGACAAGCUGUGCCAGUGGCUGUUCAGCGAGGCGGGCAAGGUGCUGGCGGAGUACAUCCAGGCCCUGGUACCCUCCAUCCACGCGAGUCUGCUGCGCGCGCCCGGCGGCGUGCCCGUGGUGUGCGUGGGCUCCGUGUGGAAGAGCUGGGACCUACUGCACGACGCCUUCGUGGCCCAGCUGCGGCACGGCCAGGGCCGCGGCAACCAGAAGGGCCUCGCCGUGCCCGACCUCUCGCUGCUGUCCCUCACCAACAGCGGGGCCAUCGGCGCCACCAUGCUGGGCGCCAAGAACCUCAAGUUCCCCCUGCCCUGCGACUACAGCGCCAACUACAACGUGUUCUACCAGUACAAGCGCGGCUCCACCACCAACGGCACCACGUGAAGGCUCAAAACGUGCCCCAAGGAGGACUGUUCAACGCUAUUACUCGCAAUCAAACAAUACAGACAGACACACAAGACGUGGUAGACUUGUGUUGCUCAAUAAUAUUCCACUGGCAGCGGCCCCAGGGUUGCCCGGCCUCUCGUGUCGCGCUAAUAAGUUUUAGGGAGUGAUGCCAUGGUGUCUGGCCAACAGACUUUAAAUAAACAAGUAGACUGAUAAGAGUAUAACACAAAGGGUUAGCCCAACAUGUUACUCGUAUUUGUUUCGCGAUCAAAUCGUAUUCUAUUUUCUGUCAAUUCAUCCAUUGUAUUUUGUGCACAGACAACAACACUAAUGAUAAGAUUCGGUAUGUGAUAAGUAAAUAAAAUCAUGCUUCCAUUUUGAA